AUGAGUCGCUUCAACAUUGUCGAAGCCAGCAUCGCCGACCACAAACGAGCUCUCGACGCUGGCGAGGUCUCGAGCGUGGAUCUGGUCAUCUGCUACCUGCUGCGCAUCGCAAAGCACGACAUAUGCGGCGGCCUCAAUGCAUUCACCGUCUUCAACGACAACGUCUUCGAAGAAGCAGAAGCAUCAGAUGCACGAAGGGAUCAAGGCCUUCCACCACGACCACUCGAAGGCAUCCCAUAUGCCAUCAAAGACAGCUACAAGGUCGCCGGCAUGAGCGUGACAGACGGCUCACCAGCACUCGCGGGCCUCAUGUCAAGCGAAGACUCCGCCAUCGCAGCCAAGCUGAGAGCCGCGGGUGCCAUCCUCAUCGGGAAGACCAACAUGCCCCCCAUGGCCGCUGGCGGCAUGCAGAGAGGCAAGUACGGCCGCGCGGAGUCCCCGUACAAUCCAAAGUAUCUCACUGCAGCCUUCUCAUCUGGGUCUUCCAACGGCGCGGCGACGUCUCUGGCGAUGAGCAUGGUCGCGUUUAGCAUGGGCAGCGAGACGGUGAGUAGCGGACGUAGCCCGGCGUCGAAUAAUGCUCUCGUGUGCUACACGCCAUCGAAGGGACUACUGAGCUGUCGGGGUCUGUGGCCGUUGUAUGUCACGUGUGAUGUACCGGUUCCGUAUGCACGGUCGAUGGAUGAUAUGCUUACAGUUUUGGAUGUCAUUGCAACGGAGGAUGAAGAUACGACAGGUGAUUUUAUUCGCGAGCAGAAAUAUGUUGAGAUUCCGAAACCAACUGUUAUGGACUAUCAGGCUCUCCGAAAUUCGCAGAAGCUGAAGGGCAAGAGAAUUGGUGUGCCUAAGAUGUAUGUUGGAGAGCAGGAUGAGGAUCCGCAUGCCAAACAUCCCUACGUCUCGCCCGCAGUGAUUGCUCUCUGGCAAGAAACUGAGCGACAACUUAAAGAGCUGGGUGUAGAGAUAGUUCAUACGGAUUUUCCGCUUGUGACAAGAUACGAGAACGACUCAGUGUCUGGCGAAGCGAACAACGUCGAAGGCUGUCCUGCUAAUUGGAACCAACUGGAGCGUGGCGUCUUGAUUGCAAAAGCCUGGAACGCAUUUCUUGUCGAAAACAAUGAUCCCAACAUCAAGUGUCUGGCUGAUAUUAAAGAUCCAGCUAUGCUAUUUCCAAAACCGCCAGACUACCUACCUGAUACCUUUCUCGAAGUCAGGAAUUGGAUCGACUACGCCGGCCUACCCGCAAUCCUGGACAGUGUCAAGGAGAGAUCAAUCCACGACAUCGAGGGCAUGUCUCAAGCCCUUCAAGCCCUCGAAGCCCAACGCAAGCGCGACCUCGAAGACUGGAUGGACGAGCACACUCUCGACGUCAUCGCAUUCCCAGCCCAAGGCGACGUAGGCCUCGCAGACCUCGAAUCCAACUACUCCAGCACCAAGCACAGUCUAACUAACGGCGUCAAAUACUCCAAUGGCACACCGCUCAAUCCGCCACCUAGCGUACCAAUGGGCCUCAUGCGCGACAAGGACAUGCCCGUCAACAUCACUUUCGCCGGAAAAGCAUACCGCGAUCAGGAAUUGUUGGGGUAUGCGUGGGCAUUUGAACAGGCAACAAUGAAGCGCAUCCCCCCACCCAUCAAGCCUCUCGACACAGACACACCGCCCCCAAUCCUCAGGGAGGGUGAUUCGCGCGACGACCCAUCCGCGCCCGUCGACCUAAAAAUUACGGCCGAAGCUUCCCCAACGGAGAAUCAAGGUACGUGGGCCAUGGCUGUCUGGGGCUCGGUGAGCUGGCGCGGCGUCGACGUGGAAUUAUUCUGCGACGGGGAAAGCAUCAAUGGGAAGUGGUGCGAGGGCCAGCACUGGCGCUUCGAUUUCGAAUACACGCCGCAGCGCCCCGAGGUGUUGGGCUGGGAUCUCAAGCCCCUGGCGCCACGGAAGGCUAUGGUGGUCGUGGUGGUGAGGAGUGAGCCGGAAGGGAAGGUUAGAGGGGCAAAGGUGGUUUGGGUGGAUUACUCAGGAAAAUGUAGGGGGUAG